AUGCAUUUAAUGUUCACAUUAGGCCCAGACGGCAAGAGAAUUUACACUCUAAAGAAGGAAACCGAACAAGGUGAAAUCACCAAGUCUGCUCAUCCAGCUAGAUUUUCUCCAGAUGACAAAUACUCUAGACAAAGAGUCACUUUAAAGAAGAGAUUCAGUUUAUUACCAAACCAACAAUAA